AUUUUGUUUCACUAAGAUAAUACAAUUGUAGGCAAAAUCUGACGAAAUAAACGUGUUAGAAAGAUUUCGACAUAAAAGUGAACCACAUUGGAUGUUUUUUUUUGAUGGGAAAUUGGUUAAAGUCAUUAUUGGCGCCGAUGCUUCUAGAAUAACACAAUCAAUAGUGGAGGAGUUGGAUCAGUAUGUUAAGUACAAGAAUGGAGAAAUUUAUAAGGAAUUUAUACCAAUAAGUAAAGUGACUGAUGAGGAAAAAAAAAGACUAAUGGAAGUUGAAAACUAUCAAAAACAGAAAUCAAAGAAAGAAAAAAUAAUUAGAGAUAAAAGAAUGAUGAAAGUAAGAGAACGGGCUUUGAAACAAUUUUCGUAUACCAUCCAAAUGCAAACGUGUGUCAUGUUUUUCCCUCACACAGUUAAAUACAUAAUGGUGGAAAAACCAAUCGAAGAUGGCGCCGAAGAGCUCGAAGAACCUCCUGAACCUGAGAUGAUACAAAAAAGGGUGUGUGAGGUGGCCAAUUCAUGUGCUAGUAAGUAUGAGGAACUGAUCGUUAUUGAAGCUAAAGAAGUGAAUUUGACGGAAGAUAGUUUGUACCAGUUGUUUUUUAUGGAAAAAGAGUUUUUGGAAAGUUUUUCGCAAGAAUUGGUCGAUGAGCUGUUGAGUAAAAAAGUAUAUUCUGUAAUGUUGUCAAUGCCUACUGUCAAACGCGAUACCACUGCCGAAGAAGCAGCCGAAAAUGCACCUGUUCCGGACUUAAUGGGAGAAAUAGAGUUAAAGUUGAGCAACAUAAUUUACGGUGACGGAAGCCCAUUAAACCCUAGUCCGAAUUCACUUGCAGAUUUACAUGCGGCAGUAGACGAAUACGGACAAAAAAUACCAUCAAUAUAUACCCCUAGAAAUCCUUUGGGUAAAGCUUCAGCACUCACCAUUUUGUUCGACAAAUUCUGCCGAAACAAUGGAUACAUCGCACCCCAGCCACCUUUACCACAGUACCUUAUCAUUUUUGAUAUCAACAAAUCAAACGCCGUGUUACCGAUCAUUGAGGAUCUGGAAGACACAGUCAUCUACUACGGGUUUUUCCGUAGCGCCGAUCCUGAAAACCCCAAGCUGCUGUGUAAAGACCCUGAAUUGUUGUCUGUAUAUGGCAUGGACAAGGUUGGCAAAGAGGCUAAAUUGGUGUUGUCUGUGCUUAUGGACGACAAGGACAAGAGUCUGUUGCGGUUGGUCGACAUUGGUCCGAUAUACGUGAGCCCGAAUCACGAAGUGGGCAUCGAUGAUGCUAUUAAGUUUUUCCCAUAUAACUUCGACGAGAUGGACGGUGAGAUAAAAUUGUGGCUGGAACAGCAGGACAAUCGGAACGAGGAGGAUACGGGCGCGGAGUACGAAUUUGACGAAGGUGAUGAGGGAAUUAUUGAAGAAGAGUACUCCUCGCAAGAUCAGCAACAGGUCCCAGCGAAGUAGACUGUCUUCGGUUAACAUUAUGCAAGUUUGAUUAUUUCCAAACAUUGGCAUGGAUUCUGGAUUAUAUUUUGGUCUCAAUUAUUAACUAUUAUAAUAAUAUGUGUAUAUACAUAACUGUACAUAUUAUAUCUAUAUGUCAUUAUAUCCACAGUACAUAUUUUAUAGAUAAUCAUACUAUUAUAGUGGGAAAUAUAUAGUACGGGUAGAAGUGGGGUCCAAUCAGUUUUUAACAGGAGAUGGCAAAAACUUUGCCUAUCAGCCAGUUUAACCUAUACAUAUAUUAAUAAAUAUAUUUUAUGAUAUAUUUUUAUUGUUAUUAAAUUAAUUU